AUGGUACUGGACAUCCUACUAACCAGACAGGUGCACAGAUCUCCAAUAGUAUUGGCCAUCCUACGUGCGGAUCCCUACGACCAGACAAUCAAUCGGUUCGUCAACUGGAAGAAAUUGCAACGACCAGACAAACAAUCGCUUUGUCAACUGAAAAUUGGCCAUCCUGCCAACCAGACAGUUACUGCAAUGCCUGAUAAUAUUCCUCGUACUCAAGUCCAUCGACGAGACUUCAGCGCACUUCAGCUUCCGUGCAGAAGUUGCGCACAAUGGUUCAAAACUGUUGCUGGCCGAACGAAACAUUGUCUUGCUGCACACCCUGUUCCACCAGUAGUGCCUCAGGCCAGUCGCUCCCCAGAACUCAAUUUUGAAAUGGAUGUUGAUGAAGGAUGCACUGACUAUGAUAUUGACAUGGGCGAUCCCCCACGCCAACCGUCCCCUCAGCCAAACAUCCACACAGAGUUUUUUGGGCCUGGCAAUCGUCUGUAUAGGAACUACCACAUGGGUCUCGAUGGCAAACCAUGUGAUGCAGAUGGUAUAUAUCUCCCUCCUGGCGCUCCUCCUCCUCCUCCUGAGAAUGUAGCCUCGGACGACUGGACACCCUUUCAUAGCCGUGCGGAAUUUGAAACGGCGGAGUUUCUGUACACGCAAAAUCAGAUGUCGGCUGGUCAGAUCAACCGACUGUUGGACUUAUGGGCAUCUACCCUCGCAAAGCACAAUGACAGGCCACCAUUUGCAGAUCACCACGAUCUUUACGCGGUCAUUGAUAGUUCACUCUUUGGAGACGUAAAAUGGCAAUGUUUCAUGGUGGCCUAUGACGGUGAGAGACCCGAAAAUCCCAAGCCCUGGAUGGAUGAUAAGUACAAUGUAUGGUUCCGUGACCCACGUGAGGUGACACGCAACAUGCUUGCCAACUCAGCAUACGCUAAUGAAUUUGACUACCGCCCAUAUCGAGAAUACUCUACGGAGAACAAUCAGCGUCAGUGGAAGGAUUUCAUGUCAGGCGACUGGGCCUGGGACCAGGCAGACGAAAUUGCUAAAGAUCCAAACAUGCUCGGCUCAACGUUCGUCCCUAUCAUCCUCAGUAGCGACAAAACAACUGUUUCAGUCGGUACGGGGAAUAAUGAAUAUUACCCGCUUUAUGCGUCAAUCGGGAAUAUUUGCAACAACGUUCGACGAGCCCAUCGUGAUGGACUAGCAAUUAUUGGGUUUCUCGCUAUGCCAAAAACUACAAAAGAACAUGCGGAUGAGCCAACCUUCCGAAAUUUUUGUCGACAAUUAUUUCACUCGUCACUCUCGAAGAUUCUCAGUUCGCUUAAGCCGGGCAUGACGACACCUGAAGUCGCACGUUUUGGAGAUGGUCACUACCGGCGAGUUGUAUAUGGGCUAGGACCUUACAUCGCAGACUACGAGGAGCAAGUACUAUUGACAUGUAUUGUUCGCAGUUGGUGUCCUAAAUGUAUGGCACCUCGUGCCAAUCUUGAUCAAGACUCGUUGUGUCGUUGCCGUGACUAUGUAGAGGCGCUUAUUGAAGAAGGUCCCUUGGGUAACUUGUGGAAUGAAGCAGGGAUAGUUCCAGAACUUGCCUCGUCAACAUUUGCUCAAGCAUUACAUACAAAAUAUACGACUUUUUGCUGUGCCCAAUGGCCUCUGCUCAUCAAUUACUGA